CGCGUAAUAAUUGUAACAGACAUAGUCGACAAUUGCAUUGAGACAACACCAUCUCUCUUCGUGAAAGCUCCGAGUUCUGACACCAAAACCCAAACUUUAUAGCUAGAGAGCGACACACACGUUGGAAAGAACAUCGCAGCAUUUCAUACGUAACACAAAGGUAAUCAAAUUUCUGUUGUUCUGCUUAAGAACUGCACUAUAGUUUAUCAAACACAACAUGGUUGAUCCAAACAGUAGUUCCUCAUGGUUGAAAAGUUUGAAUAUCUGUGAAACAUUUGGGUUGAAAGAUCAUGGUGAACUUGGAACUGUGUUUGCUAUAGUCAUAGGCAUCAUUGUUCCUGUCUUGUUUUCGGUUUUUUUCUUAGGAAAGAAGAAAGGUAAAGUACGUGGUGUUCCAGUGGAAGUUAGUGGUGAAUCGGGUUAUGCUGUUCGUAAUGCUCGAUAUUCUGAGUUGGUUGAAGUUCCCUGGAAAGGAGCUCCAACCAUGGCUCAUUUAUUUGAGCAAUCGUGUAAAAAGCAUACACAUAAUAGAUUUCUUGGAACAAGGAAACUAAUAGGGAAGGAGUUUGUUACUUCCAGUGAUGGCAGGAAAUUUGAGAAAGUCCAUUUAGGAGAAUAUGAAUGGGAAACCUAUGGAGAAGUCUUUGCUCGCGUGUCCAAUUUUGCAUCUGGUCUUCUUAAGUUAGGCCAUGAUAUAGAUAGUCAUGUUGCAAUUUUUUCUGAUACUCGGGCUGAGUGGUUCAUUGCCCUUCAGGGUUGCUUCCGGCAGAAUAUAACAGUCGUCACUAUUUAUGCUUCUCUAGGCGAGGAUGCUCUGAUUCACUCGCUGAACGAGACCCAAGUAUCUACUCUGAUCUGUGACGUAAAGCUGUUGAAUAAGUUGGACGCAAUAAGAUCAAAACUAACAUCUUUGCAAAAUAUAAUUUACUUUGAAGACGAUAGCAAAGAGGAACAUACUUUUUCAGAAGGUUUGAGCAGCAACUGUAAAAUUGCAUCUUUUGAUGAAGUUGAGAAACUUGGGAAAGAAAGUCCUGUCGAACCAAGCUUGCCUUCCAAGAAUGCUGUUGCAGUUGUCAUGUAUACAAGUGGCAGUACAGGUCUGCCAAAGGGUGUCAUGAUUACUCACGGGAACAUUGUAGCCACCACAGCAGCUGUUAUGACUGUGAUUCCAAAUCUGGGUAGCAAGGACGUGUACUUGGCUUAUUUGCCCCUCGCUCAUGUUUUUGAAAUGGCAGCAGAGUCUGUUAUGCUGGCUGCAGGUGUUGCAAUUGGUUACGGCAGUCCUAUGACUUUGACUGAUACAUCUAAUAAAGUCAAGAAAGGAACCAAGGGAGAUGUUACUGUUUUAAAACCCACCCUUUUGACAGCGGUACCAGCUAUUAUUGAUCGUAUUCGAGAUGGAGUUGUAAAAAAGGUGGAGGAAAAAGGGGGACUUGCCAAGAAUCUUUUCCAGAUUGCAUACAAGCGCCGGCUGGCUGCUGUAAAAGGAAGCUGGCUAGGAGCUUGGGGAGUGGAGAAGUUGGUGUGGGAUACCAUUAUCUUUAAAAAAAUCCGCACUGUACUUGGAGGCAACCUCCGAUUUAUGCUUUGUGGUGGAGCUCCUUUAUCCGGAGAUUCACAACAAUUCAUCAAUAUCUGUGUGGGGGCUCCUAUUGGGCAAGGAUAUGGUUUGACCGAAACAUUUGCCGGGGCUGCCUUCUCUGAGGCGGAUGACUACAGUGUGGGGCGUGUUGGUCCACCUCUGCCUUGUUGCUACAUUAAGCUUGUUUCUUGGGAAGAAGGAGGGUAUCUAUCAUCGGACAAACCAAUGCCACGAGGAGAGGUUGUAGUUGGCGGUUUCAGUGUGACAGCUGGUUAUUUUAAGAAUCAAGAUAAAACUGAUGAAGUGUUCAAGGUUGAUGAGAAAGGUGUGCGCUGGUUUUAUACUGGUGACAUUGGGCGAUUCCAUCCUGAUGGGUGCCUCGAAAUCAUCGAUAGGAAGAAGGAUAUUGUCAAACUUCAACAUGGAGAAUAUAUCUCUCUUGGAAAGGUUGAGGCAGCACUCGCAUCAGGUGAUUAUGUGGAUAGUAUAAUGGUCCAUGCAGACCCCUUUCACAGUUACUGUGUUGCUCUAGUUGUUGCUUCACAUCAGUCCCUGGAAAAGUGGGCUCAAGAAACUGGUAUCGAAUACAAAGAUUUUCCUGAUCUCUGUAACAAACCUGAAGCUGUCACUGAGGUCCUGCAGUCCAUUUCCAAGGCUGCAAAAGCUGCAAAGCUGCAAAAAACUGAAGUUCCUGCAAAGAUUAAGCUGUUGGCGGAUCCAUGGACACCUGAAUCUGGAUUAGUUACUGCUGCUCUCAAGUUAAAGAGAGAACAGCUGAAAGCCAAAUUCAAUGAUGAUCUUCAGAAGUUGUAUGCAUGAAGUAUCCAACCUCAUGUCAAAAUGUACUAUCUGUUGCAGGUGUAUGUUAUGUUCGAGUUUUAAUUUAUCUCCCUCGAUAUGGUUGAUGUGCUUUCACUUUUAAUGACAUGUAAAAUACACGGCAUAACAAAAACAUAGUCAGUACGUUGCUGUUGAGACCUGAGAUUGCUUUGUAAAUGAUGUGCUGAUAGUCAUCCUACAUGACCAGCAUAGAUAAUAAUAUAUGAGCUGUUAUUUACCAUGAAAUACAUAUGUCAAUGAUUUUUAUAUCGACAA